AUGAACCGUCAGGCUGCGAAUUAUUGACUUCCAGAAGAAAAACGUGUUAAAUACCGACAUUUUAUACUUGAGUGUAUCAUAUGAUUUUUUUGGACUGCACGGACACUUUUUGUCUAAUCGUUAGUACCCGUAGCAGGAAAUACUACCUCAAGUCGAAAGUCGAAAAUGUCGUUGGCAGCCACAUACCGCAGGUCAGUCAUAUUUGUCAAACGCAAAGUCCACCAAGUUUUGAAAAUACAAAAUCUGUUUCUUUGUACUGAUGGUGCAAUUCUAGCUGAGCAGAGAAAACGAACAUCAAAGAAACCGCUAAAGAAAGCUCAGUGUAAACCUAUCUGGACUGAUGAUCUGUCCUGGGAGGAAAGGCUGGCAGACGUGGUCACCCCUCUGUGGAAGCUGAGUUAUGAAGAACAACUUAAAGUCAAGCAAAAAAACCAGGAGAGGAUACUGUCUCAGCUCAGUGGUGAUCUUUCAGGUGACCUUCAAAGACAGCCUUCAUCAUCUUACAGAGGUAAACUCAGUUUCCAUGUCUUGCCUGUCCUUCCAUCACCUGUGAGAAAUGGCUACCGCAACAAGUCUUCAUUUUCUGUCAACACUGGAGUGGAUGGAAACCCCAAAACUGUUGGGUUUUACCUGGGCAUGGGCAGAAAGAGGAACAUCGUCUGCAUCAAUGGAGAUCACCUGCUCAACAUGCCGGAGAAGCACAAACUAGUAGCCAGAUGUUACCAGGACUUUAUCCGUCUUUCUCCUCUGGAGCCCUGCCUGCUUUUUCACACUGGGGGCCACUGGAGAGAAAUUACAGUGAGGACCAACAGAGAGGGCCACACUAUGGCAAUAGUUUAUUUCCACCCACAGACACUUACUCCAGAGGAGAUAGCACACCACAAGGGUGAGCUAAUGGACUACUUUACCCAGGGGCCCGGGUCAGUCUGUCAGCUGGAUUCGUUGUUCUUCCAGGAGAGCAAGAUGACUCGCUGCACUCACGAGGAGUCUCCAUACCAGCUUCUCUAUGGUCAACCACACAUUUAUGAGGAGGUGCUUGGCUUCAAGUUCCGCAUCUCUCCCAACGCCUUCUUCCAGGUGAACCAGGCAGCUGCUGAGGUUCUCUACCGCACGAGAGACCUGUGCCUUCCAAACCACUGGGAAGGUGGAGGAAGAACUGUAGUUGGUGGUACUCUCCUGGAUGUGUGCUGUGGGACUGGAGCCAUAGGUAUCACUAUGUCUCACAGAGUGGACAGAGUCAUCGGCAUAGAGCUCAUAGAACAGGCGGUGGAAGAUGCAAGACACAAUGCCCUUUUCAAUAAUGUACUGAACUGUGAGUUUAUCCCGGGGAAAGCAGAGGUGGUGCUGUCUGGUCUGAUGUCACAGCUGAGUUCUGAAGGCAGAGAACUUGUAGCAGCUGUGGUGAAUCCUUCUCGUGCUGGCCUGCACUACAGAGUGGUCCGAGCUUUGCGAAACCAACCAGGUAUCCGCAGGCUGGUCUAUGUUUCCUGUAAACCUGACGGAGAGGCUAAGAGGAACUUCAGGGAGCUUUGCUGUGCUCCUGACCCGCAGAAAAAACUCACAGGAGAGGCUUUUUCUCUGACUCUAGCUGUACCUGUGGACAUGUUCCCACAUACACAUCACUGUGAAGUGGUGCUACUAUUUGAGAGGUAGAUGAAAGUUUGAAUUGAGAAGUUAAUGUCCACAUAUCAGGAACAACUCUGACCACUUUAGAAAGACAUGUCUUAGAUCUGAGAUUUCUAAUAAAGUUUAUUUACUUAAUUUCCCCUCCUUUAUUAUUGAUGUGUAGUAAAACUAUUAGAUGAUCCAAGGUCUAUGUUACUUUAUUCUUUAACAGACUGUCACAAUUCUCAAAGAUAUUCAGUUUGUUUUGAUGUAAAGCAAGGAAAAGAAGUUGAGUGAUUUCAGUGAGCAUUGCUCCUUUAAGAAGGAAGCUAGUCUAUACACCAUAACAGAUGGUACAGUUUCUCAGCAGAAUUUAGUGAGUUUUUGAAAAAAAUGGACCACAAAACAAUGUCGACUUAAAUGUAACUCUAUAAAAAUGUUUUGAAGCGUUACAUUUUUUUUUAACCCAGAAAGCCUCUGUGUUUUUAUCACUGUUUAGCAGUGCAAGAGCAUGUAGCCGGUAGCCAAAGCUUGCAUUGCAAAAUAAUGACUGCUACAUACCUGAUAUGACCCAACUCCAAAAAUACUGAAUUAUCCCUUGAAGAAUAGAACACACAGAUUUGAAAAACCUGUUCAACCUAUAUUCAGUUGAAUACAGCACACAGACGAGCUAUUUAAUAGUCAAACUGAUUAGCUUCAUUGUGCUGUUGCUAUCAAAAAAGUUGGGACAGGUGCAUGUUAACCACUGUUUUACACAUGUUCAUUCGAUGACUGCAACAUGUUCCAAAAUAAUUGGGACAGGUGCAUGUUAACCACAGUUUUUGUCCCACAACACUGUGAACUUCUGGGGAUUGAAGAUGUAUAGCUGCAAAAGUUGAACUCUUCCCAAUUAUUGCUUAAUGUUGCUCAACAGUGCAGAGUUUCCUCAGUCUUUUUUUG